AUGCGCAAGACAUACGCCGAGCUUGGCAAGAUUUACGCCCAGCUGAAUGACGCCCAGUUGAAUGACGCCGGGCAAAACUCCAAGAAGGCGGACACGAGCUUGGCAGGAAUACCGUACAUGCGGAGCGUGAAGGACAAGGUCAGGGUUGUAAACAAAGGCUCCGCCCUCAAUCCUGGACGUUUGGACGGACCAAGCCACCUCUUCUUCCCGCCCACGCACCGUUUGACCUGCAGUUCCGGAGCAGCCCAGCAGACAAUAGCAUUCCUCCGAGUCAUCGCGGCCGCUCUCCUGGCCUUCGCCGUUGGCACCGUCACGGCCCUCGUCGAGUUCGGCCUCAUAUUUUCGGUGUCUCGGUCGUGCUCGCCAAGCACCCACGGCCGACGACAUCGAAAUGCCAUCCAGCCCAGCCACCCGGAGCCCCCAAGCCUCAAUUCCCGGCGCCCCAGCCAGAAGCCCCCCAAUGCCGCAUACGUCAAGGUCAAGGCCCGCACCGUCUCCCGGCUGGCGACGCGUCUCGAGGAGACGAAGCGGGAGUACAAGGAGGAGCAUGCGCCGGUGCACGCCGACGAGGUUGCGCGGAUCAAAGAGGAGUAUCGGUGGCGCCCCCAGAAGCGAUGCCAGGAGGCAAACGACAUCUUCAACUCUGUGCGGGCGGCGCUGGAGCUCAAGCGCGAGCUCGACCAGUACAAGUUUAGGUACGAGGAGGCCAGGUGGGCGCAGCAGCAUGCGCUCAACAAGUGGUCGAGCUCGGCCGGGCGGUGUCAGGAGCUGCGGGACCAGCUGGCCAAGCGCAUGACGGCUGCGAGAGAUAGAGCGCUGUCCAAGUGA